GGCGGCGGCGGCGGCCUGAGGGGCGGCCGGGGCUCCCCCCGCGGCCCCGCCGCUCCCUCCUGGCGGCUCCCCGCGGCUCCGGGGGGCUCGGCGAGAGGGCGCGGAGAUGGCGGAGGAGAAGAAGCUGAAGCUGAGCCACACGCUGCUGCCCGCCGAGUCCAUGAAGGUGAUGGCGGAGGCCAUGGGGGUGCCGGGGGUCCCUGAGGAGACGUGCCAGCUGCUGGCGGAGGAGGCGAGCUACCGCCUCAAGGAGGUGGCGCAGGAUGCUCUCAAGUUCAUGCACAUGGGGAAGAGGAGGAAACUCACGACGGGGGACGUGGAUUUUGCCCUAAAACUGAAAAACGUGGAGCCCCUGUACGGGUUCCACGCCCAGGAGUUCAUCCCGUUCCGCUUCGCCAGCGGCGGCGGGCGCGAGCUCUACUUCUACGAGGAGAAGGAGGUGGAGCUGAGCGACAUCAUCAACACCCCCCUGCCCAGGGUGCCCCUGGACGUCUGCCUCAAGGCUCACUGGCUCAGCAUCGAGGGCGUGCAGCCGGCCAUCCCCGAAAACCCCCCGCCAGCCUGUCCUCACCUGUCCCUGAUGGACAACCCCACGCUGUACCUGGAGAAAUACCUGCACGAGCUGAUCCCGGCGGUGAUGACGUGCAUCGUCAGCCGCCAGCUCUGCCUGCGCCCGGACGUGGACAACCACUGGGCCCUGCGGGACUUCGCCGCGCGCCUGGUGGCCCAGGUGUGCAAGAACUUCAGCACCACCACCAACAACAUCCAGUCCCGCAUCACCAAAACCUUCACCAAGAGCUGGGUGGAUGACAAGACGCCCUGGACCACGCGCUACGGAUCCAUCGCGGGGCUGGCCGAGCUGGGCCACGACAAGCACUGUGCCCCCGUGCUGGCCAAGGCGCGGCCGCCCCCCGACAGCCCCGAGUGCUACCGUGGCGAUUUCGGCUACCUGGGCGCGCUGCUCUGCUCCCACGUGGUCAAGGCCAGGGCCCAGGCGGCCCUGCAGGCCCAGCAGGUCAACAGGACCACGCUGACCAUCACCCAGGUGACACUGGGGACACCUGGGGACAUCGGGGGGGUUGGGGACAAUGGGACAAUGGGGACACAGCAGGCACAGGUGGCUCCGCAGGCCCAGCAGGUCAACAGGACCACGCUGACCAUCACCCAGUUUGGGGUCCCGCAGGUGGAGCCCCCCCAGGGGUUUUUCGGUGACGACACGGCGCUGAACGGCGUCCGGCUGCUCUGCGGCGCCGCCGGAGAGAUCACGUCCAGCGAGGGGCCGCGCGGCGCCUGGAGCCCGCCGGCGUGGUGUCCCGCCGGGCAGCACCUGGUCUCCUUCCGGCUGCGCGUGGAGGCGCCGCGCGGCCUCUGGGACGACACGGCCGCCAACGCCGCGGCCGCCCUCUGCUCGGGGGGCUCGGUGCUCCAGGCCCGCGGUGGCCCCCAGGGCUCCUGGGGCAACUGGAGCCUCCCCUGCCCGCCCGGCGCCGGCGUCUGCGGCCUCCGCAGCCGCCUGGAGCCGCCCCGGCGCGGCGGCGACGACACCGGCCUCAACGACCUGGAGCUCUUCUGCUGCGGCUGAGCCGGCGCCGGGGGCGCCUCGGGGCUCCUUGGGGCUCCUUGGGGCACCUU